UCUGGUGGCCGCAGCCAAGGACCGCAAGGCCAGGCUUGAGGACGCGAGAAACCUGUACCAGUUCUUGGAGGACCAUGAUGAGGAAGAAGGCUGGGUGACAGAGAAGCAGCGCAUCUGCCGCGCGGACGUCGCAGCGAAGGAUUUGCGCGCAGUGCUCGCGCUGCGACACAAACACGCGGCGUUGCGACACGAAAUCAGGGCGAGAGACCAUGUGGCGCAGAGACACCGCGCCAAGGGACAGAGCCUGAUCGACGCCAAGCAUCCCAAGAGCGCCGAGAUCGAGCGCCGGCUGUCCUCGCUGCAGCAGCAGUGGGCCACGCUCAAGGAACUGGACGACGCGCGCGACAAGCAGCUGGCAGACGCGGCCGAGGCGCACCAGUUCUACGGCGAUGCCAACGAAGCCGAAUCCUGGAUGAAGGAAAAGCGAGCGCUGGUUGCGACCGAAGACUGCGGCCGCGACGCUCACGAAGCCGCUGCCUUGUUAGCUCGCCAGAGGGCGCUGCAUGACGAGCUCAGAGCUCACGCGGCUGAGCUAGCAGCAUUGGAAGCUAAUGCUGAAAGAUUGACUGCUAGAGGGAUACAUACACUACAGAGAGCGCUGCAUGACGAGCUCAGACCUCACGCGGCUGAGCUAGCAGCCUUAGAAGCGAAUGCUGAGAGAUUGACCGCUAGAUGGAUACACACGCUACAGCUCCCCACAGAAGUCGAGUCAGCAGCGGCUUUAGAAGAGGAAGAAUGGGUCAAGGAAUCCCGGCUGGUGCCGACAGAAGUUUGGGAGGAGGAGCCCGUGGAAAGACUGGAACAUCGCACUGUUACCGAGGAGCGCAGCGUGCCGCAGGUCAAGGCCCUCUACGCUUUCACCGGACAAGGCAUUUCGAUGCAGAAGGGCGAGGUGAUGUUCCUGAUCAACAAGACCAAUCCGGACUGGUGGUCGGUGCGGAAAGCUGACAGGACCGAUGGCUUUGUCCCCGCUAAUUAUGUGCGAGAGAUCGAGCCGAGGGUUGUGCCGGUGCAAGUUCGCCGCCCAGAGAAAGUCCGUACUGUCCAGCGCGUGAAGAAGACGGUCCUAGUGAAGCAGGUAGUGCCAGUGCGUCGUCCGCGGCCGCACGCCCGCCGCGCGUCCCGCGCCGCCCCCGCCCGUCUGCCCACCGUUGAAGACAGGCGAGCGGCUAUCAAGAAAGAUUACGAGGAGCUCCUCCAACUCUCGGAGGCUCGCCGGGCCCAACUAGAAGACGCAAUCCAGCUGUACGGCUUCUUCGCGGAGUGCGACGACUUCGACAAGUGGAUGAAGGAACGCGAGCGGAUGCUGCGGACUGAUGACGCGGGAGACAGCGUGGACACGGCUAAGAGGAAGUACGAGAAAUUCGUCACGGACCUGUCAGCGGCCUCCAAGCGCCUCGAACACAUCGACGCAGCAGCAGAACAGCUGGUGGCCGCCAAGCACAGCCAGGCCGGCAAGGCGACCGCCAGGAGGCAGCAGCUGAAGCAGCAGUGGGACCGGCUGCUGCGGCUCAAGCAGCAGAAGGAGAAGAGCUUGGAAGGCGCUUCCAGCGUGGAACUCUUCGGCCGCACCUGCGAUGAGGCCCUCGACUGGAUGGCCGAGAAGGAACAGCAGCUGGCAGCCAGCAACGCGCCGCCUUCCGACCUGCGCACAGUGCAGGCCUUGCAGCGACGCCACGCACAGCUGGAGAGGGAGUUGGAGCCGCUGAGGGAGAAGGUGUCUACUGUCAACCUGCUGGCCACUGACGUCAAGAGCCAAUACCCCAACGAGCGGGCGAACGUGGAAGCGCGCCAGCAAGAGAUCAAGGCGGUAUGGGAGCGGUGCCAGGCGCAGGCCGCCGAGCGACGCUCCCGGCUGGAAAGCGCCGUGGGACACCAGAUCUUUGGCAGGAGCAGCCAGAUGCUGCAGGAUUGGCUGCAGAAUGUGCACGAGCAGCUGUCAUCCGAAGCAUCGGCUAAGGACGUGGCGACGGCGGAAGCGCUGCACAAGAGACACCAGGAGCUUGGCGAUGACAUCAAGGCGCACGAGGAUGAGUUCAAAGAGGUGAUCGGGCUGGGCAAGCAGCUGGUCGGCAACAACCCGUCGCUGACCGACGUCGCCGACAAGAUCAACCAUCUGCACGACGAACAGAAGGCCGUCGAGAAACACUGGGCGGAGAAAGACGCGCGUCUAAAGCAGCUGGUGCAACUAGCAAGUUUCAACCGCGAGGCCGACCACAUCGACGCGGCCAGCGGCGCGCACCUGGCCUGCCUCGACUACCGUCAUACUGGGUCGUCUGUGGACGAAGCAGAGGCGCUUCUCAAGAGACACGAAGAAUUAGAGGCUCGUUUAGCGGCGCAGGACGAUCGCCUGGCUGCGCUCAAGCAAAGAGCCGCCAACUUACAGCGUGCACAACAUUAUGCUGCUGACCACAUCGUAGCGCGGCGCGAUGCAGUCGUGCAAAAGCGAGAUGCGGUGCGACACGCCGCGGCGGAUAGAAGGCGGGCGCUACUCGCCAGCUUGGCGCAUCAACAGUUCCUCGCAGCUGCAGAAGAACUCCAGAGUUGGAUCCAGGACAAAACUAAAACGGCGAAAGAUCAGAGCUACAGGGAUCUCGCCAACUUGGAGCGCAAGCUGCAAAAGCACGAGGCAUUCGAACGGGAACUGCAGGCCAACGAGAAACAGCUCAGGAAUGUUGAGAGCAUCGGUCAGUCCCUCCAGACAUCAGACCCGGCUCGCGCGGCGGAAGUAUCAGAACAACUGCAGGCGCUUCAGACAGCUUGGGAGCAGCUGGUCGCAGCAUCCCGCGAUAAGGGCAGCAAGCUGCGGCAAGCUGCGUUACAGAGACAGCACAGGCGGUGA